CGACGGUGGCCGAGAAGGGCCCAACCUUAAGGGCCUGAAUUGCGCCUACCGGAGGGGUGCGCGUGCGCACUGCGCUGGUCUCCAUGGCAGGGCCUCGGAGCCAAGACGAGAGAACAUGCUACUGUGAAGACAUAAUUACAGUUUUCACAUGAACAAAGCUAGCACUAUUGUAAUUUAGUGCCCCAAAGGAAGACUGUCAAUGACUAUAAAAGGACAUUUCUGAGGCUAACAGAAUGUAGGAACCCAAGCUUGAAACCUGAGCCACUGCCUGAAGGUAUGGUGAGACGAACAGACGAAGAGAAGAUAAUCUGUUAUUCACAGUUCUCAAAAGGAGUGGGCAUGCUGUACCCCAGAGAACCACACAGUGUGACACCGAGCAGAGUUCCUCAAUAUAACAGAUCUGACUGUCCUGGAACUUCAUUUGUAAGUCAGCUGUUAACUAAUAGGAGAAAAAUGAGACUGAAUAUGAAGCCAGCAUGGAACAGCAGAGUUUGUUAGGAGCCAGCUGUAGCGAUGGGAAAGAGUCCGAAAGAGGAGCUCAGGAAUCCGAGCAUAUAACCUGUAUGGACUCUGGGGAUCCUUCCUUUGGACAGAAUGAGCCCCCCACCGUUUUGCCAGUUACUGCUGAAACAGAUGAUCCCCUCACAUCACAGGAUCUGCCAGAGACACUGACUGAUACACAGGCCCUCUGUGCAGAGCAGUUCCAUCUUUUAGACCCAAAUGGACAGCCUCUUCAAUAUGACCUCCACUCACAAAUGACAGGAAUGGCGCAGGUGACCAUACCUCGGGAGCCGCUGGUGGAUGCGACUAGUCCCCAAGAUGCCUCUGAAGAGAAACCCACUGACAGAAGCUUACCAACUGUAAGAGCAGAUACUCUAGAAGCCAGUGCCAGUAACUGUAUUCUUCGUUCACAAGCAUCCCUUGUGCUACCCAGAAAGUCAGGGACCAGACUGCUCGAGGAAUCUUUGCCAUCUCCUCUGCAGCCACUUUCUUCUAACACACCUAUAUGGGCCUGCCGUCUUAGAAGUUGUGAGAAAAUUGGAGACUCCUAUCGUGGCUACUGUGUGAGUGAGACUGAAUUAGAAAGCAUCCUAACUUUUCACAAGCAGCAAACCCAGAGUGUCUGGGGCACUCGCCAGUCUCCAAGCCCAGCCAAAUCUGCCACGCGCUUGAUGUGGAAGUCCCAGUAUGUCCCCUAUGACGGAAUCCCGUUUGUCAAUGCAGGUAGUCGAGCUGUGGUAAUGGAGUGUCAGUAUGGACCAAGGAGAAAAGGUUUCCAGUUACAGAGACUCAGUGAACAAGGAAGCAGGUCUUGUCAUCUCUACAGAGCUACGUGCCCAGCCAGGAUUUACAUUAAAAAGGUCCAGAAGUUCCCUGAAUAUAGAGUGCCUACAGACCCCCAGAUGGACAGGAAGAUGAUCAGAGUGGAGCAGGAGAAAGCCUUCAGCAUGCUGAAGAAGAACCUGGUGGAUGCUGGGGGUGUUCUUCGAUGGUAUGUGCAGUUACCUACACAGCAAGCUCAUCAGUAUCAUGAAUUAGAGACUCGUGGCCUCUCUCUGUCACCAUCUCCUUUUCCUAUGUCUUCUCUUGAAGAAGAGGAAACUGUAGUCAGAGAUGAGAACUGUGCGUUGCCCUCACGUCUCCACCCGCAAGUAGCGCAUAAGAUUCAGGAAUUAGUGUCUCAGGGAAUAGGACAAGUGUAUGCAGUGAGGAAGCAGCUCAGAAAAUUUGUGGAAAGAGAGCUGUUCAAACCUGAUGAGGUACCUGAAAGACAUAAUUUGUCCUUUUUUCCAACUGUAAAUGAUAUAAAAAAUCAUAUCCAUGAGGUACGGAAAUCCUUGAGGACUGGAGAUAUGGUAUAUAAUCCAGAGAUUAUUCCAGCAACGCUUCAGUGGACUACAGAUAGCGGGAAUAUUCUCAGAGAGACUGUAACAGUUACAUUUGCAGAAGGAAAUUCACUGGGAGAACCAGUUCCCAGCAGAGUGGGGGCGAGUAGGACACAGACUUCGUUGUCCCCAGGGCCGUUCCACUUGCUCUCCCCACUUCCUUCAUUUCAGCCCAAAAUCUCCUCACACUUACAGGGUUUGAAGUUACAGCCAAGACUCUCCUCUCUUGAUGGAUCCCAAUCUCUGGUAUCAGGAAAUGGACACCCUUCCUCUGGUCCUUCAGGACUUCUGGAUGCAGCAGGAAGUGCUGUAGUGAAUAAUCAUUCUCUACUGCUUGGUCAGAGUCAGAACCUUCGAACAGACACAUGCCUAACGCAAAACAGUAGCGCUGCCUCUGCCGUGGGAAACCUCCCAGAGUCAGUUCAAAAUCCCGAAAUGGGUCCGCUGGUGGAAGCUGAAGAUGUUGAGGAUACAGGGAAUCUGGAGGGAAGUGUAAAUAGGAUUCUGUUGGGAGAUGUGCAAACCAUUCCAGUACAAGUCGUAGGCAGCCAUUCAGCUCUUAUUGAAGAAAGUCUAGAAGAUACUCUGUCUGUGAACCAAGUUAAACAAGAACCCAAAGAGUCAACACUGUCUAUAGGAGCAAAACCUUUUCUGGACUGUAAAAAAUUAUCUGCUACAUAAAAUGCUUAAAGCUUUUCAAAUUCUACAGCUCUGGUUCUGAUGUCUUCAAAGGUUAAGAUUGACAGGCAUGGCAUGCAUGUCAAUCAUUGUACCAGAACACAGUGAUGAGCAGCUUUGACUGAAAACUUGAAUAUUUGUUGUCAAUAAUAUAUUUGUAUUUCUCUCAAGAAGUAUCUUGCUUUAUUUUGUAUUCCUAUUUUUUUUUAAUUAUCCAGUAAGACAAGUGUUAAAAGAUCAUCUGAACUUCACAGUAAUUUAGUGUGAACACAAAUAGUUAUCUCACUCCUGGAAAUACCUAGUAUUGGUUCUUAUAAGACAAAAAAGGCCAACAGUCAGAUUGUGUGAGUAUGUAGGGCAUGUCUUGUGUGCUCAGAAAUUUAAAAUUGUGUGGAGAGUUUCGAUUAGCUAACAGGUAAGAGAAUUUGUUAUGUGUCUUUUUUUUUGAAAAGAUAGAGCAAUAGAUUUAUAUGAAAGCACAGAGCUGCCAGUCACAUUCCUAUAGAUUUCCAAAGUGGCCCCCAGCCACCAAUCACAUUCCUGUAUAUUUGCAUAGUAGCCGACAGCCACCAGUCACAUCCCUGUAGAUGUGCAUAGUAGCAUACAGCCACCAAUCACACUUCUGUAGAUUUUCAUAGUAGCAAGCUUAUGACCCGCACUUACUGGGAAUUCCUCGUUCAUGGGGAAGAAUUGCAAUCCCCGAUCCCCAUCACGAAUGGGGUUCAACGGGUUACCCGCCUCGAACUCACAGAGAUCUGCCUGCC